GAGCAGGCGGCCGUAUGGGAAGCCAAAGUAUCAGUGGCAUGCAGAGGCUGGUCCUCGAGGUAGUUGGGUCUCUCGUGAGCCAGAGUUCCUCAGGGCGAGGGUAUGACACCUCCUCCACUCGGGUGCUGCUCGCCACCUGGCUCAUCUUCUCCUUCAUCGUCAGCACCGCCUACAGAGGGAAUCUCACCGCGUUCCUUACGAUUCCCAAGUAUCCGGAUCGACCUGAAACCCUCGAGCAGUUCAUACAGACAGGGGCUAAAGCGACAUACCCGCCUGAUGUCGUUGACUUCUACAACAACUUCAAGAAAUCGGAUUCCUAUUUAUAUACAACCCUUGCAAGUCGCAUGACAUUAGUCCCUAACUUCCAAGUCGGACUUCAAGAGGCUAUUGAUCUUGGCCAAGGCUAUUUCUACGAGCGGAUGUCUCUAAAGCUGGCGAUCGAAGAGUACUUCACGUCCACCGAUGGGACCACCAAGCUGUACGUGGCCGGCCAGAACAUCUUGCCCGCGUACUGCGCCUGGCCCAUCCCCUGGGGCGUUCCGUACAAGGCGAAGCUCAACCAGGUUAUCAUGGCUCUUCAGGCUGCUGGACUGAUCGAGAAAUGGACCGAAGACGUCCUGCAGGGAGCUCACAAGAAAAACACCGCCAAACAGCGCCGGAACGCAAACCGGAAAAAUGAAGUCCAAGGAACGGCUCCAGACGAGGUGGAAUCGGAUGACGACAGCGAGGACAGCAGCAGCCAAGGGAUCAUGGCGCUGACGCUGACACACCUACAGGGCCCGAUCUUCUUGCUGUUGCUCGGCCUCCUCGUCUCAAGCCUUGUCUUCUGCGUGGAGGUCUUGGCUUCGUGGAUUCUGAAGGAGUAACUUGUACAGCUGCUAAUGGCUAGCUUCUGGAUUUUAAUGAAGACUGGAUAACGAGAGAAAAAAAAGCAAAUUUGAUUCGUUUCCUUCUUCAGCAUAUCAACUGCAUUACAUUUAUUCCGUUCCUAUCCCUUUAUCGUCCAUGUAUGUUCUAUAGCUUAUCCAAAUUUUAGUACAGAUGUAUUUCACACUUAAAGUUAGAC